CCCCAGAGAGUGGUUCAGCUGCCAGACGUCUCAUGGGACCAGUACACGUCAGGACUGGGAGACUUCGAGAGGGAGUUCUGUGACAAGAAACGCACAACCAGGAGGCUCAAACUCAUAUUCGAUAAGGUUAGGUUACCAGAUGGACCAAAAAGCCCUCUGGAUCCCAAGAAGGAGGAGGGUGAACCAUCAACCCUGUACUCUGCUCUGCCCUCUAGUGACGCUCUUGAGAACAGCAACAACUCACAGAGGAUCCGAGGGCGGCUGUGUUACCAGAGUAAACCUGACACCUUCAACCAGCUGUGGACCGUGGAGGAACAGAAAAAGUUGGAGCAUCUGCUGCUGCAGUUCUCUCCUGAGGAUGUGGAGUCUAAACGCUGGCAGAAGAUAGCUGACGCCCUGGGCAACAGGACCGCUAAACAGGUGGCCAGCCGCGUACAGAAGUACUUCAUCAAACUGACUAAAGCAGGAAUCUCUGUUCCUGGGAGGACCCCUAACAUGUGCAUCUACAGCAAGAAGGUGUCCAAUAAGAGGCAGCACCACCUGAACAAACACCUGUACCGACCGUCUACCUUCCUGACCUCAUAUGAGCCUCCCGUCUUUAUGGAAGAAGAGGAUGAGAGAGCGGCCUACUACAGCUCCCUGCAGGACCCCGAUGGAGACGACACGGAUGAGGAGGGUGUACCUGUGGAGUUGAGACACCUGCCGGAGUACAAGGAGCUUCUGGAGCUGAAGAGAAUGAAGAAACACAAACUGCAGGAGAUCCAGGCUGAGAGUAGCAUGGCCCUGCACCAUGGAUACAAGUGUGACGUGUGUGGUGUGGAGCCUAUCCAGGGCGUGCGGUGGCAUUGUCAGGACUGUCCCUCAGACAACGCUGUGGACUUCUGUUCCAACUGCUCCGGCUGCCUGUACAAGACAGAGAGCCACCUGCCCAGCCACCAUCUGGAGCCUGUCCAUCACCAUGAGACCUUCCUAGACAGGGACUACUGUCUGGCUCAGACCCCUGGACAUAACUACCUGGACCCCAACUACUACCCUGCUAACAGAUGACAGCAUGGCCCCUAAUCUCAGCCCUGGGGCCACAGCUACAGACUCCUAGCCUCCUGGGUCAGCCCUGGGGCCACAGCUACAGACCCCUAGCCUCUUGGUCCAGCACCUGGGCCACAGCUACAGACUCCUAGCCUCCACAGUUUCAGCUACACCGAGCGG